AUGUUUAUAAAGCAGGAAUACAUAGUGUAUAUGGGGUCACUUCCAGAGGGUGAAUACUCGCCAUCAUCUCACCACCUCAGUUUGCUUCAAGAAGUUGUUAAGGACAGCUCUUCUGAAAAUGUCCUUGUUAGAAGUUACAAAAGGAGUUUCAAUGGAUUUUCUGCAAAGCUCACAAGUGAGGAGGCACAAAAGCUAGCAAGUAAGAAGGAAGUGGUCUCUAUUUUUCCGAGUACAACUCUCCAACUUCAAACAACAAGAUCUUGGGACUUUAUGGGUUUCAAUGUGACUGCAAGUGGAAAACGAGGCACUCAUAGUGAUCUUAUUGUUGGUGUCAUUGAUACUGGAAUUUGGCCAGAAUCAGAGAGUUUUAAUGAUGAUGGUUUCGGCCCUCCUCCCAGGAAGUGGAGGGGUGUCUGCGAAGGCGGCGAAAACUUCACUUGCAACAACAAAAUCAUUGGAGCUAGACAUUAUUCAUUUUCGUCUGCAAGGGAUGAUCUAGGCCAUGGAUCACAUACCGCCUCUACAGCAGCUGGGAACAUAGUAAAGAAAGCUAGCUUUUAUGGACUGGCACAAGGUACUGCCAGAGGAGGGGUACCCUCAGCGAGAAUUUCUGCAUAUAAAGUAUGUGGUCCAGGUUCAUGCCAAUCAAGCGAUAUCCUUUCCGCAUUUGAUGAUGCAAUUGCUGAUGGAGUUGAUAUUAUAACAAUCUCGAUUGGAGCAAACCAAGCACAAGAAUUUGAUACUGAUGUCAUUGCAAUCGGUGGUUUUCAUUCAAUGGCGAAAGGAAUUCUUACUUUACAAUCUGCAGGAAAUAAUGGUCCUGUAUUAGGAUCAGUGGCAAGUGUGGCACCAUGGAUAUUCACUGUUGCUGCAAGCAGCACGGAUCGUCGGAUCAUAGACAAAGUUAUUCUUGGGAAUGGAAAGACAUUAGUCGGGAAUUCUGUUAAUUCUUUCAGUCUAAAAGGAAAAAAGUUUCCUCUGGUGUACGGUAAGGUUGCAUCAAGAGAAUGCAAGCAUCUUGAAGCAAGCCUUUGCUAUAGCGGCUGUUUAGACAGAGCUUUAGUUAAGGGAAAGAUUGUAGUGUGUGAUGAUGUGAAUGGAAGAACUGAGGCUAAAAGAGCUGGAGCUCUUGGCGCGAUCCUUCCAAUUAGUUUUGAGGAUAUUUCCUUUAUCUUACCUUUGCCUGGAUUGAGUUUAACAGAAGACAAACUUAAUGCUGUCAAGUCAUAUCUGAAUUCCACGAAGAAACCUUCAGCAAACAUAUUAAAAAGUGAAGCCAUUAAGGAUAAUGCUGCACCUGAAGUUGCUUCUUUCUCUUCUCGUGGUCCAAAUCCCAUCAUAUCAGAUAUUUUGAAGCCAGAUGCCAGUGCCCCAGGUGCAGAUAUCUUGGCUGCAUUCCCACCUGUUCUUUCACCCACAGACGACACUGCAGACAAGAGGCAUGUUAAGUACAGUGUGAUGUCUGGAACCUCCAUGGCUUGCCCUCAUGCUGCCGGUGUAGCGGCUUAUGUUAAAGCAGCUCACCCUGAUUGGUCUGCUUCAGCUAUUAAAUCUGCUAUUAUGACUACUGCUUGGCCCAUGAAUGUUACUGAAAGAUCAGAUGGAGAAUUUGCUUUCGGAUCUGGGCAUAUAAAUCCAGCAACAGCCAUUCACCCUGGACUUGUUUAUGAAACACAGAAGAGUGACUACAUACAACUGUUCUGUGGCCUGGGAUAUACUGCAGAGAAAAUCCGGCAAAUCUCAGGAGACAACAGCAGCUGUAGUAAGGCCGCUAGAAACACCCUGCCAAGGGAUUUGAAUUACCCUUCAAUGGCAGCUAAAGUUGCAGUGGAGGAGUCCUUCAGAAUUAAAUUUCAUAGAACAGUUACAAAUGUUGGCAGGGCAAACUCAACCUACAAGGCAAAAAUCUUCUCACGCUCAUCACUCAAGAUCAAAGUUGUGCCUGAAGCUCUCUCCUUCAAGUCCUUGAAAGAGAAGAAGUCGUUCGCUGUAACUAUUGUUGGUCGAGAUUUGACACAUAACUCAAUUCUGUCUGCAUCGUUGGUGUGGUCUGAUGGUUCUCACAGCGUGAGGAAUCCAAUUGUUGUUUACGGAGGGGAAGAUGAAUUUACAACUCCAUCAGCUUAUAAUUAGCAUGCUUGCCGUAUCCAAUUCCAGUGUACUCUUGAAAUAAUGUAGACUUCGAAUUUGCACCAAUUAUGAUAUGUUCAAUU